CAUUUCGUCAACGAAAAUGUGACUCAUAGCAGCGUCUAUGCUCUAAAUUCUGUGAAACAUCAAGAGCAGUGGUUUGUCUUGAGUCUCCUUAGCGAAGGUAGCUGAAUGGAAAAGUCUUGGAGGAAAAUAUUUAAUUUAAUAGAGCAUAGACAGAUUUGUUUGCUUUUGCUGCAAGGGACCAAAUAUUCAUAAAUACUUGACUGCAAAGUAGCCACAUUAUGGUAAUGGAAAACACGAAUCGCCCUACCUGGAGCCAGUGUUUAGUUUGUCCGUUCUGGGCUACUGUAGGAACAUGGCGGGCUCCAUGGGAGAAGACCUGCUUUUUAUGUAGUUAUAAACAGCUCAUUCUAAAUAAAUUAAAAUGUGUUUUUUUAUUUUCAGGUGAUGAUACAUCAAGGAAAACAUGUUUGUAACUGCCGAUAUAUCCUGCUAAAUCCCGCACACUGGACCUUUAAUCGAUUGUUUAAUAACUGAGUAAUUUCUUUCAAGGAGAAAUGACAAACAUUUCCAGCUUCUGUUUGUUUCUGUUUCUGCUUUUGUUUGACAUAAUUGUAAACUGAAAAUCUUUGGGGUUUAGACUGUUGGUAAUUUCAUAUUUCCUGCUUUGCAUGUGUCCAGAUUUUACAUAUUGUCUGUCUUUUUGUCUCUCUGUAAAGCACUAUUGUUUGAACAGUGUUAAAGUUUACUGACUUGCUUUCAGCUGGUGGAGACAGUGUCUCUGUCUGCACCACCAACAGCUGCCCUGCUUCUCUCUUCAUCUACCUCUCCGUCUCUCUGUUGCUCUCCCUCUUUCUCUCAUCGGUCUGUGAGUGACAGCACAUGUGCUGGGGUACAUGGGAGGGCCGCUGCUGAAAUUCUAGCCCCUUACCCCACGACUGUGAGACAUACCCCAGCUAUGGACAGGGAGGAGCUGUGAGAGACAAACGCUGGGAGAGGAGAAGAGGGGGAGAGAGAGACGCCGAGAGCAAGAGGGUUAGAGAGGAGGACAGAGAGUGGCAGGUUUCAGGGUUGGAGAGUUUGGCCUUUUUCGCCCAGUAGAGCCACUCAGGAGCCCAGGUCUUAGUGGAGGACUCUCAGAUCUGACAGUCAUCAGAGGUCUGUUCAUACUGAGCUUCUGAGUGCAGGCACUGAGGAUGGCGGUGCGGAUGUUGAUGGUGUGUGUGCUCGGCGCUCUGCUUUUUCAGGUGUGGAGCUCUGCAGAACCUCAUCACGAAGACAAAGAGCAACAUCCUCAGGCCCUUUACCCAUGGAGAAAGGGCAAGGGAGUGGUCAGGGUGAAGAGGGACUGGAUCAUCCCUCCAAUCAGAGUGCUGGAGAAUAGCAAGCAGGUUCCUGAAGACCUUGUCCAGAUCAAAUCGGACAAAAUCUUUACAGGUGAGGUGAUCUACAAGUUGGAGGGACCGGGGGUGGACCAGGAGCCCAAGAAUCUGUUUGAGAUUGAUGAUAAAACGGGAGUAAUCAGGAGCAAGCGGCCGCUGGACAGAGAGAGAUACAACACCUUCACGCUGAAAGCCUUUGCACUGUCGCCGAGUGGAGAGAGACUUGAGAAUCCAACCACCAUAGAGAUAGUGGUGCUGGAUCAGAAUGACAACAGACCCUCCUUCACCCAGAGCCAGUUUGUUGGCACCGUCUCUGAGUUCUCAGUCCCAGGCACCUCAGUGAUGUCAGUGUCAGCCACUGAUCAAGAUGACCCGACGACAGAAAACGCUUUCCUGAGCUACUCCAUCAUCAGUCAGGAGAGCAUUCCUGCCAACGCUGUUACCAAGACUAUGUUUGGCAUCAACAACGAGACAGGAGCCAUCUACACAAGAGAUGUAGGCCUGGACCGAGAGGUGGUGAAAGGUUUCCGGUUAAAACUUCAGGUUGCUGAUAUGGGGGGCAUGGGACUGACAGCUGAAGGUGUGGCAGUCAUACAUGUAGCUGACAUCAACAACCACGCCCCACAGUUCAGCCCUGACUCGUACAGUAUGACAGCAGUGGAGAACUGGAAGGACUAUGAGAUCGGCCGGGUGAAUGUGACAGACAGAGACGAUCGUGGAACAGGAAACUGGGAGGCCAGAUAUUUCAUCACCAACGACCCUGACGGCAACUUUGCCAUCAGUACGGAUCCUGCCACCAACGAGGGCGUUCUGACAGUGGUGAAGCCUCUGGAUUACGAAGCACAGCACGAGUACGUCCUAAUUCUGACGGUGGAAAAUGUCAAUCGUCUGAGCAGCAAGGCUCCCAACCUGCCCGUGAGCACGGCUACAGUUAUGGUGACUGUCGUGAAUGAGAACGAAGCUCCACGUUUCAGGGAGGACCCCAUACACAUCGUGGUCCCUGAGUCUGUGGCUCCUGGGACUUUGCUGAAAGGCAACAUCGCCUUUGACCCUGAUAACUCUGACCUGAGGUAUGAGAUCAGCAGAGAUCCUGAGAGGUGGCUGGACAUCAACAAAGAUACAGGAGACAUUACUGCCAGGAGAACCUUCAACAUGCGAUCUCCAAAUGUUAGAAACAAUAUCUACACUGCUGUUGUCAAGGUUACAGAUGCUGAUGGUGUGUCGACCUCCGCCACAGUGUCCAUCACACUAAAGGAGACCAAUGACUUCCCCCCUCAGCUCUUCCCUCUGAGCGGCACUAUAUGUAAGGAUGCAGGCCGGAGGAGUUCUGGUCUGAUUGUCACUGCGGUGGAUGAAGACCUUCCUCCGCACGCUGCACCCUUCGCCUUUGAGAUGCCUGAUGAUCUGUCAGUCAACUGGACUGUUAUUCAAGUCAACGAUACUCACGCUGUGCUUCAGCCCCUCGUAGAGCUGGAAGCAGGAGAGUACGCCGUCACAGUGUCUGUGUCAGACUCCGGCAGUCCAGUUCUGAGCGCUUACGCUCAGGUUAAUGUCACCGUGUGUCUCUGCGACUCCUUUGGAGAUUGUAAGUCUGAGGCCGGGGCUGUCCUGGGCUCCACUGUGGGGAUCAGCUUCAUCGCUCUCAUCAUCAUCAUGGCCUGCAUUGCACUCCUACUGUUGCUGCUUCUUCUGGCCGUGGCAAUGACCAGCUGUGGGCGACGCCACCAUAUCAAGAAAGGAACAGGUCUGCUAGUCGGGGAAUCAGAGGACGACGUCCGAGACAAUGUUUUCAACUAUGAUGAGCAAGGCGGGGGAGAGGAGGACGAGAAUGCCUUUAACAUCGACCUCCUGUGGAAUCCCCAUGAUGCACCUUCCACCCCGGGGUCUUACUACCCUGGUGUUCCUCGAGGCAAGCAGCCCCUCAGGAGAGAUGCCCCGCAUAACCUGCCCUCACCUACCUACCCACGGAGGCCUCCGGCAGAUCCCACUGACAUUGAGGACUACAUCAAUGAUGGCCUGGAGGCUGCAGACAACGAUCCCAACGUGCCUCCAUAUGACACAGCCCUGAUCUAUGACUACGAGGGAGAGGGCUCUCUGGCAGGCAGCCUCAGCUCCAUCGCCUCAGGCAGCUCUGACGGAGACCAGGACUACGACUACCUCAACAACUGGGGACCACGCUUUCAGAAACUGGCUAACAUGUAUGACCCACGUUAAGGUGGACAGCACCCCACAGAAAUACGACCCGUGUGCUCCACCACCAGUUAGGGACACAGAUCAUGCCUCAGGUGUUUUUUUUUCUGGACACAUUUGAAAAGAUUUUAAGUCCAGGACGAGAUUUGAGAUGUGCCAAGGAGAAAUAAAUGCGAUAUAAAACCACGGGCCUUUAAUCAAAUGUGCCUUAGGUUUUAUUGACGAUCAUCUGGACACAAGUGAUAAAAUGGCUCUUUGCAAAGUUUUGUGGUGAGCUCAGGAGAAGUAAACGAGACAGUAAAAUUGUGAAUUGAUCAGCGACGAGGAAAGAGAGGAGCAGUGCAUGCUUCAAGGCAAACAGAAUGUGUGUUGAAAUGAUUGUCCAUGUCUGGUUGUGUUUAUCCUCAGACUUGGAUCGCUCAGUAAUGACGCAUACAACAAGCCUGAGAUUGUUUUAAAAAAAAAAAAAGUCUUUAUGUAUUUCUUUUUUUAUAUAAGUGAUUAUUUUAUAAGGUAAAUUUGCUUUGAUAUUGAUUUUGUUUGUUUUUCUUUUUUUGAUCACAAAUCCUCCAUUCCAGCAUCUGUUGAUCCUUUUUGGUAAAAAAAAUAUUACACAACAAAACAAACUGUACCACACAAUAUCCUGUAGUCACAUAGUUUGGAGGUGAAGACUUUGAAUUAUGUUUUUUUUUUUUUUUUUUUUUUAAUAUGUUCAUUGACUUUAGAUUUUACCAGUGUCUACAGAAUAAAUGUAAAUCUUUUAUUUAGUGUGUGAAUUGUUCAUUUUGAAAUAAGACCGUCACAGGCUGCACUAGGUUUACUCCCCUUCACUUUUUCACAUUAGCUUUAGCUUUAUGCUAAACAUUUUGUUCCCACAUCAAUCUAAACAGGACGAAAACAGAAUUUUAGACACUUUUGUAAAUGUAUUAAAAAGACAAAACUGAAAUAUUGCAUUAAAAGAAGUAUUUGGACCCUUUACU